AUGAAUCAGCCCGUCCCAGCAUCAGCAGACAUCGAAGGUCCUGCACAAGAGCUCGUCGUCUGCACACCCCAGCAAGUGUUCACAGAUAUUCGUCUACAGGGCAGCAACUACCCGGAUGGGAGUGUCAUUUCGCGUGCAGUACAAGAGCACUUGCAGCGUAGUGAGGAUGAUGGUUUGGCCUUGAAGCACAGAUGCAUGCUCAGCACAAACCCUUUGGCGAGCAAUUACAAGGAGUACUUCAAGGGUCCCAUGAUUAUCAAGCCGCCAUGCAAAACCCUCAUGGAGCUCGGACAGAUGCUGUUCUAUGCGACCGUCUGA